GUGCGUGCCACUAUUUCUUUAUCUUUGCCUACUUUUUACAUCCUUAUCUUUAUACUAACGCCUAAUCUAAAAGCAAACUAUUGGUAAGGCUAAUUUAUUAUAUUAUUAUUGGUAAAAUGAGAACUUGGUUGCUUCUAUUACAUAUUUUAGACACAUCAUUUUCCUCUAAUCCUUACUAAGCUCCUUGGUUUUUUCUAAGAUUUACAAUUCUUGUGUCUCUUUGUUAAUAAGAAGAGGGUAUAUAAUGACCAUUAUUACAAGGUAAUGUUUACUCAUUAAAGUGCAAUCGAUCAGGAUGAAGGUCUUUGUAGUCUUGGUCUUGGUAAUAGCCUCAGUUUCCGCUGAGAUCCUGUCUCAGGAGACUGCAGUACAUCCUCGUGACAGCAAUGGUACAUCCUCGUCCAUAGAGGGUCGCAUCACCAAUGGAAAUAUGGCAACUGCCAACCAGUUUCCCUACCAGGUGGGACUCAGUUUUAAGGGCUCUGGUGCCAGUUGGUGGUGCGGAGGUUCAAUCAUUUCUAAUACAUGGAUUCUAACUGCUGCUCAUUGUACCAGAGGUGCUUCUAAGGUGACCAUUUACUAUGGCUCCACCGUUCGUACCAGUGCCAAACUCAAACAGAAAGUAUCCAGCUCUAAGUUUGUGCAGCAUGCCAGCUACAGUGCCGCCACUUUGAGCAACGACAUCUCCCUGAUCCAGACCAAAUCCGUAACAUUUUCCUCUUCCAUAAAUAAGAUCGCUUUGCCCGCCAUUGCCAGCAGUUACUCCUCUUAUGCGGGGCAGACUGCCAUUGUAUCCGGAUGGGGAAAAACUUCAGAUACAGCCAGUUCCGUUACCUCCAAUCUGCAAUAUGCAGAGCUCAAUGUCAUCACCAAUGCUGUGUGCCAGCAGACGUUUGGUUCCUCGGUGGUCACAAGUGGAGUGAUCUGCGUGGCUUCUACCAACAAGAAAUCGACCUGCCAAGGCGAUUCUGGAGGUCCCUUAGCUCUGAAUGGAAAGCUAAUUGGUGUAACAUCCUUUGUGUCCGCAUAUGGAUGUGAAAGAAACUCUCCAGCUGGCUUCACUCGCGUCACCAGUUACCUGGAUUGGAUUAAGACCAAGUCCGGAGUUUUCUAUUAG